CCUCCGCCGAAGGGCGGGAAAUCGCCCCGAGAUGGCCGACCUGUAUGAGGUGCCGCGGCGCCGCAUCGCCACCGGCCACCUGGCGCAGCACAUCGGGCAGCCCGUCUGCUUCGUGGGCCGCGUCGAGAAGAUUCAUCCUUCUGGGAAGCUUUUCGUGCUUUCGGAUGGAGAAGGAAAACAUACGACUGUGGAGCUGAGCGAACCUCUAGAGGAAGAGAUCUCGGGAGUUAUUGAAGUAGUGGGAAGAGUAACAAACCAGGCAACCAUCAUGUGUGUGUCAUAUGUCCAGUUCAGGGAAGAUAAAAGUCCAUUUGAUCUGGAAAUCUACAAUGAAGCACUAAAAAUUAUUCAUGAAUUCCCUGAGUACUUCCCGUUUGGUACUGGGAGGAACAACUGAUUUUUCUUAGCAUAUGUUUAGAGCUUCAGAGGGGACAACAGUACCGUAGCUUUCUUGCCUGACAGGAUGUGAAGAGUUGCAUUUAUUUCCAACAAAUAUACUGAAAAGAUGCUGUUAUGUGUCUGGUGAAGAAUGUUUUCUUUGAAAAUUAAUUUACACAGCAAGGAGAACACUUCUGUGGGUAUCUCACUGUAUGUAUGUAACCCUUUUGCAUCCAUGAGGACCUGUUCCGUUACAGGAUUGGACUUGCUAGAAAUUGAAGUUUUGGAGGUAUCUUUUUGUUGAUUUUGGUAGAGGUUCUAGGAUACUUCACAGGAAAUUAAUACUGAAGCCAUUUGGUGGGGUUUUAAUGUAAAUAUUUUUAAAUUUCAUUUGCUUUGAUACAAAUUUAUUGAAUGUGGGGAGGGUAUUUUGCAUCUUGAAAAUGGUCUCUUCUCCAAUAAAAAAAUAUCUGACUACAUUUAA